AACAGACAGGAAGUUUUUCUAGUUUUACCGCGAAACAGAUAUCUUGGUGGAGUUUGUCAGCGGCAGCCUCACGGGUCCACUUCAGAUCGGCUUUGUUUCUAAAGAACAAAAGCAACUUCGUAUCAUCUGUACUUUGUUUUAUUCUGUUUUAUUGAGCGUCUCGGUUCAGCAUGUCUGGUUUCGACGACCCCGGGGUUUAUUACAGCGACAGUCUGGGCGGCGGAGAGGGACACGGCCUGGAUGACGGGGCGCAGAAACGGACCCAGAUCAAGAAGCGGUUCCGCGAGUUCCUCCGGCAGUUCAGAGUCGGAACCGACCGCACCGGCUUCACCUUUAAAUACAGAGAUGAGCUGAAGAGGCACUACACCCUGGGGGAAUACUGGGUGGAGGUGGAGAUGGAGGACCUGGCCAGCUUCGACGAGGAUCUGUCGGACUGCCUUUACAAGCUGCCCACAGAGAACCUGCCUCUGCUGGAGGAAGCGGCCAAAGAGGUAGCUGACGAGGUGACCCGUCCCCGGCCUGUAGGGGAGGAGACGGUGCAGGACAUCCAGGUCAUGCUGAAGAGUGAUGCCCACUCUGCUUCCAUCCGCAGCCUCAAGUCUGAGCAGGUGUCUCGCCUGGUCAAGGUGCCUGGCAUCAUUAUCUCGGCCACGGCAGUGCGGGCAAAGGCCACCAAGGUGUGUCUGCAGUGUCGCGGCUGCCGCUCUGUCAUCAGUAACAUCCCUCUGCCUCCGGGCCUGCAGGGUUACGCUCUGCCACGCAAGUGCAACACUGAGAACGUUGGCAGGGUGAAGUGUCCCGUGGAUCCAUACUUCAUCAUCCCAGACCGAUGUGUUUGCGUGGACUUCCAGACCCUCCGCCUACAAGAGUCCCCCGACGCUGUGCCGCACGGAGAGAUGCCCCGUCACCUUCAGCUUUACUGUGAUAGGUACCUGUGUGACCGUGUGGUGCCGGGGAACAGAGUGACGAUCAUGGGUAUCUACUCCAUUAAGAAGUCAGCUGCUACUAAAACCAAGGGCAAAGACAAAUCGGCUGGUGUGGGCAUCCGAGCGUCUUACCUGCGAGUGGUUGGCAUCCAGGUCGACACUGAGGGACCAGGUCGUGGAGCUACCGGAUCAGUCUCUCCACAGGAAGAGGAGGAACUGAGGGCACUGGCUGCUUCCCCCAAUGUCUAUGCCUCUUUGGCACGCUCAGUGGCCCCCUCCAUCUACGGCAGUGAGGAUCUGAAGAAGGCCAUCACCUCUCUACUGUUUGGUGGUUCAAGAAAGAGACUUCCUGACGGUCUCACCCGCAGAGGGGACAUCAACCUGCUGAUGCUCGGAGACCCCGGUACAGCCAAGUCCCAGCUGCUCAAGUUUGUGGAGAGAUGCUCUCCUAUUGGGGUUUAUACCUCAGGUAAGGGCAGCAGUGCUGCUGGUCUGACCGCCUCUGUGUUGAGGGACCCCAACACUCGUGGCUUCAUCAUGGAGGGAGGAGCCAUGGUGCUGGCUGAUGGUGGAGUGGUUUGCAUUGAUGAGUUUGACAAGAUGAGAGAAGAUGACAGAGUGGCCAUUCAUGAAGCCAUGGAACAACAGACCAUCUCCAUAGCCAAGGCUGGCAUCACCACCACCCUGAACUCUCGCUGCUCAGUGCUGGCUGCAGCUAACUCUGUGUACGGCCGCUGGGAUGAUACAAAGGGGGAGGACAACAUCGACUUCAUGCCUACCAUCCUGUCCCGUUUCGAUAUGAUCUUUAUCAUCAAGGACCAGCAUGACCAACAGAGAGAUAUGACCCUGGCUCGUCACGUGAUGAAUGUUCAUCUGAGCGCACAGACGCAGACGGAGGGCGUGGAGGGAGAGAUUCCACUCUCCACCUAUAAGAAAUAUAUCGCCUAUGCCAGAGCUAAAUGUGGGCCUCGUCUCUCUGCUGCCGCGGCUGAGAAGCUGAAGAACAGAUAUGUGGUGAUGAGGAGCGGAGCGAGGGAGCAUGAAAGAGAAAGUGACAAGAGAGCCUCCAUUCCCAUCACUGUCAGGCAGCUGGAGGCUGUUGUGCGAAUCGCAGAGUCCCUGGCCAAGAUGAAGCUGCAGGCUGUGGCCGGAGAGGAAGAGGUGGACGAGGCCCUCAGGCUCUUCCAGGUUUCCACACUCGACGCUGCACUUUCUGGAAGCCUUUCAGGAGUGGAGGGCUUCACAACACAGGAGGACCAGGAGAUGAUCUCACGUAUUGAGAAACAGCUGAAGAGGCGCUUUGCUAUCGGCUCCCAGGUGUCCGAGCACAGCAUCAUCCAAGACUUCACCAAACAGAAAUACCCAGAGCACGCCAUCUACAAAGUCCUCCACCUGAUGAUGAGGAGGGGAGAGCUUCAGCACCGCAUGCAGAGGAAGGUGCUCUACAGAGUCAAGUAGAGCCAGCACUUCACGCUGACAGAUAUCCAUGUUGUUUAUGUAAAUAGUUUGGUCAAAUAUCGCUGCUUUCUGUGUUACUAUUAUUUACCAGGAGACAUCAACUGAUUGAGUCUGAUAUGGAUCCAACGCUGUCACUGUGUAUUUAGAUGAAAUUUAAUGUUAAACUGUUAAAUUUGGGUCAGUGGUUUAAAAAAAGAUGUUUAGAAUUCAUUGUGUUGACUGUAAAAUGGUAAUGACACUUUUGUACCAAAAUAAAUGGUGUCAUAGCGUCUGCAUAAUGUGUUUAAAAAAAAAAAAAAAAAGAAAAGAAAAGAAAUAAAAUACAAUAAUAAUGAAAUAAAG